AUGGCCUUCAACCAACAGCAUAACUACCAGCAACAUGGUGGUCUACACCGUUAUCCAUCCAAUUUAGAGGCAGUACACCAAUCACCACCAUCGUCGCGCGGGUCUCACCUGAUUGACUCUGAAUGGAUUUUAUUUUCUCCAAAUGCUUCUUUGGAUGGGGAGAGCGAGAUUUUGGAAGAGGGAACCUCGUAUGGUGACGUGCUUUCUACAGAAGAUCCUAGCAGCUAUAGAGAAGAGUCCGAAGUUGAUGUCUCCAGAUUGAGCGAGACAGGAGAGCUGAUUUUUGACGAGGAGGACCGCAGGUUACGCAGAUUACAAGAGGAAGGCGAAAGUGAGGAAGACGAUGACGAUUUGGUGCAAAACCUGUCUGAUGUCCACGCCGAUGUUUCCGCGCUGGAGCUGGAAAGCGAAGAUCUCAACACCAGGAUAGACAAGUGGAGGAAACAGCAGAUCGCAGAUAUAUUGAAAGACAUCAAGCAAGUUGCCGGGGGAUCGCAGCCUAUUUCUCAGGAAAAAAGAGAACUCAUUCAGAGUUGGGGUAUUGAUGACUCGACCUUUGAUAUCACCAACUCCACCACCAUGAGUGGCUCUAGACGCAACGACUUAGAAACAAGCUCCAGAAAGAAUUACUACGGAAGUGACAUUCUGCAGAAGUACAGUUCCAAGGACCUACGGAUAAUCAAGAAGGUGGUGCAUCGACUCUCGAGGAGUCUGUUGAAGGACACUGACUUGGUGAUGGCUGUUGAUCACAAGCACACCCCCAACAGAAAGGCCACUUUCUCAGGCCAUUACUCCAACUACCUGCGAAACAUGAACGCGUUGAACAGAGAGGAAGUCAUCCAAUCACGUCCUCCGUCUCCGGUUCAAUCCAUGAUGAGCAACCGUCAAUUAGAGAAGUAUUUGCCCAUCUUUCUGCGCAACCUGAUUGCGUCCAAUCUCAUGUCCAAUGACGAUCCCACUCCAACAGCCUCCACGGUCAAUCUGCACGCCUCGCCACAAAACGACAAUUUCUGGAAUAAUGACUUGAAGAGCUGCAAUUCGUCAUUGUUGACCAUUUCCACCAACUCCAUCAUCUUCAACAAAGUGCUGCACGAAGUGUCAUAA